AUGUCUGAACAACAGGAUCAUGUUAGUAAAAGCUCGAGCUCUAGCAUCAGCACCAGCACUCAGGAAAGCGAGGAGGAGGUGUCCGUAACUAUCGGUAGCCUCCUCGCUCAAGCAAGGAACGACAAAGGACAUAGUCUUGGGAGGCGCCUCUUGCAUUUGGGUUCAGUCCCGCACCAUCCUCGAGUUAAUGGAGAGAUUCCUAAUGUUGAUAAUGCAACCUUGGAUCAUGAAAGAUUGUUGGAAAGGUUGGGGACAUAUGGUUUGGCCGAGUUUCAAAUAGAGGGAGAUGGGAAUUGUCAGUUUCGAGCUCUGGCAGACCAGAUUUUUCGCAAUCCUGAAUAUCACAAACAAGUGAGGAAGGCAGUCAUGAAGCAGCUGAAGGAAUUCAGAAAACGCUAUGAAGGCUAUGUACCAAUGGAAUAUAAGGUGUACUUGAAGAAAAUGAAAAGAUCCGGGGAAUGGGGGGAUCAUCUGACCUUACAAGCGGCUGCAGACCGGUUUGGUGCCAAAAUUUGCUUACUGACGUCAUUUAGAGACACCUGCUUAAUUGAGAUAGUCCCAAGGGACCUGACUCCUACAAGAGAGCUUUGGCUUAGCUUCUGGUGUGAAGUACACUACAAUUCCUUGUAUGCGACUGACGACCUCCUGACUCGCAAAACUAAGAAGAAGCAUUGGUUGUUCUAG